AUGGAUCAAGUUAAACCAGGAUAUUUAGAUCAAUUUUUAUUGGAAGAUAUUGCUCGUCAUUGCCCUCAUCAAUUUCUUUCAUUCCAUCAAUGUAUGAGUCAAGAAAAACCAGAUCCAAAACUUUGUGCACAAGAGCAAGCAAAUCUAAGUAAAUGUAUUAAAUCAUCGGUACCAUCAUUCCAAAGAAUUCAAAAUCAAUGUGCUGGUAAAAUGCAAGCUUAUGACGCCUGUCUAAGAAUGAACAAGAGUAACACUCAGAAAUGUUCAGAUGAUCUAAAAGGACUCAGAGAUUGUGCUUUUGAUACCAUCGAUUCCUAG